AUGUUGCAGUUUUUUCAACGUCAUAGGAUUCACGGUUUUGUAAAAGUCAACAUAGCUAGACAGAACCUUUGUAGACCAGCGGUCUAUUCAACGGCCGCAGCACGCUCUCGGAAAUUAAACGAUGAUAUCUCGGUAUUAUCGCCAUACGAACAAAAAUCAAUUCAUCAGGUGAUGAUGGAUAUUCAAGAAGCUCGAUCAUCCUACCAGUCAGCAAAAUUGGACUUGACAGAUUCGAUUAUAGAAGAGAAAAACACUAGAGAAUCUCCCGAAGCGUUGUUUGGCAGAAAGAAGUUAGGCUGGGUUAUGCUCCCAGAAUGGUUAAAUUCAGCCGUUUCAAAUAUUCUAGCAGAUUAUGAUGAUAAAUUACUCCAGAUGGAUACGAUACGUAUAUACGAUUCAUUGAGAUCGACGACAGGAUAUACCGAAUCAUCUUUGCAGAAAUAUGAUUCUCAAGUGCCUAUGUUUCCGCAAUGUAAAAUGUCAAAUGAAGGCUUUAAGAAAUCUUUAACAGAUGUUCCGAUACAUCCUCACAUUCUUUCUUAUGGGGUUCGAGAAUCAAUGGCAUAUAUUGCUGGACUUUUGCCUAUAACAUUUGGCCCAAUAUAUAAUGUACUUACAGAGCUAAGCAGAAGAAUACCGACAUUUACUCCACGGAAUAUUCUCGAUUUCGGGACUGGACCCGGCACUGCGAUAUGGGCAUCGCAUGAAAUAUGGGGAAAAAAUGUAGAAAAUUAUAUGGGAAUAGAUGUAUCAGAAGCAAUGAUUAAGAUGGCGGAAACACUUUCAACGUACCAAGUCGGUGACGAAGGCAUAAGGAACGUCGAAUUUACUCAGUACUUAUCAUACAAGUCGAACGAGCAUAAACACGAUAUGGUAAUCAGUGCAUUCACGUUCAAUGAGUUACCAACAGAACAAGUCAAAAAUAUUGUGCUUGAGACACUUUGGAAGUCUACACAAGAUAUUCUGGUACUUAUAGAGAGAGGAACUCCGGCCGGAUUCCAGGCGAUAGCUCACGCAAGACAAAAAAUCUUGCAAAUGGAGAAUAAGAAAACCGACUCGAAUACUAUUGCAGAUGCAGGAACAACGGUUGGGCUAGUAGGGGCACAUGUUGUCGCACCGUGCCCUCACGAUGGCGUAUGCCCUUUAUUGAAUACGAGAAACUGGUGCCAUUUCUCUCAGAAAGUAAACCGACCGACUUUUCUUAUGAAUGUCAAAGGCGCUAAGCUCAAUUUUGAGAAUUCGAAGUAUUCAUAUGUCAUACUAAGGAAAGGACCACGUCCAACUGUUAACUUGUGCGAUAGUCAACAAUCAGAUUAUAUAGACGCCUCUUAUGAAUGGCCGAGAUUAGUCGCACCUCCAAUGAAGCGUCAUGGCCAUGUGAUCAUGGAUUAUUGCUCGAAGACCGGUCACAUCGAAAGAAUGAUCAUUCCAAAAUCGCAAGGUAAAAUACCAUACAAGGAUGCGAGAAAAGUCGCAUGGGGCGAUCUCUUUCCUCACAGUCCUAAGAAACCUGCUACAAGACGAUGGUCGCAGUCAGAAUUGGAAUCUGAUCUGGAUGGUCUGGACGAUGAAAGUCUGGACGCUGAUACGGGGGAAGUGGUUUCUGAGCUAGAACCGAUUGGCUUGUCAGACGAUGUUACAAAUGUGGAGCCAUUACCGAAAAUUAAAACCAAGCAGAGAUCGGGAAAGCACGACAAGAGAAAGUCUCAAAAGUCAAAAACAGCGUGGAAAUAUGAACCUUCAGCUGAUCAACUAUCUACAAGAGGGCAGAAGCAUCGAGAAGCCCUUGAAGAUAGGCGUGUUGACGUUAAGCGUAUUAGUGAUGAGUAUGACUAUGGUAACUACGAAGAGUAUGAUGACAAUAUUGACAUUGAUAGUUAUAGACACAGCCGUAAAAUUGAAUAG